AUGAGGAUUGAGAAUUGCUUUUUCUGCAGUCGCCCGACGUAUCCGUCGAAGGGAAUCACUUUUGUCAGAAACGAUGCCAAGGCAUUCAGAUUCUGCCGCUCGAAAUGCCAGCGCGCAUUCACCAAGAAGCGCCAGGCCCGUAAGGUGAAAUGGACGAAGAUCUCUCGCCAACACGCCGGCAAGGAAAUGCAGGUCGACCGCACGUUGCAAUUCUCCGCCCGCCGGAACGUUCCCACCCGCUACAACCGCCAGCUCAUGGCCCAGACCCUGCACGCCAUGGAGCGUGUCGAGGAGAUCCGCGCGCGUCGCGAGCGUGUCUUCUACAAGAAGCGUAUGGCCGGAAACCGCGAGCGCGAGACCGCCGACAACUUCAAGCUGGUCUCCGAGAACGAGCACCUGCUGCCCCGUGAACUGCGCGAGAACGCCGAGACCAAGGUCGCCGAGCUGCAGCCCGCCAAGUCGAAGGUCUUCAAGACCGAGCGGCGCAAGUUGCGUGCUCGGGUUGACGGCGGCGUCGAAGAGGUUGUGGAGGAUAACACCAUGGAUAUGGACUAGGUUGACGGAACGGCUGGAUUUCAUUAAAAUCAUGUUACCCCAUUUUAUUUUUCUACGAGCGUGUCUUUUUUUUCUAAUGUUAAAAAGAUUUCCUUUGUUUUUUCCGUUCUUGCAAAUACCUCAAGGCGAUGUGUUGCACGCAUUAUGGCUGCUUCUCUCGAAGAACGUCUCAGUUUUCUUGUCAGGUUCAGAGGAAUGCAACAUCAACUGCACUAUUCAUCCUAUGUUCGAAACUCCCAUUUUUUAGAGGAAGAAUCCAGUAUUAUAGCUCUUAGUCGUUCUUAAUCAUCUGGCUGCUUAUAGAAGGCAGUUGAUUUGGCUAUAUUAGAUGGAAC